UCUUUCUAUUCAGCGCGCCCCCUGGCGUGUGUUCUCGGUAUCGGCGGCGCGCUGUGGAUGGCGGCUCCCGUGCUGGCCCCGCACAGAUGAUGUCCUGAGGAGCCGUCAUCUUUCCUCCUUCUCACUUCUCACUUCUCCGCCAUGGCGACCUUCGUCAGCGAACUGGAGGCGGCUAAGAAGAGCCUGAGCGAGGCCCUGGGAGAGAACGUAAAGCAGUAUUGGGCAAAUCUAAAACUCUGGUUCAAGCAGAAAAUAAGCAAAGAAGAGUUUGAUGUUGAAGCUCGACGCCUUCUCACACAGGAAAAUGUGCACUCCCAUAAUGACUUCCUCCUGGCCAUUCUUACUCGAUGCCAAAUUCUUAUUUCUUCCCCUGAGGGAGCCGGAGCGUUACCCUGCGCAACCAAAACUAAGCCUAAGGGAAAGAAAAGAAUCACAUCUGUCCGACAGAAAUUUGAUCAUCGUUUCCAAGCGCAGAAUCCUCUGGCCGGAGCCCAGCAGUUUGUGAGUCGGGACCCUCAGGAGGACGAUGAGCUGAAGCUUUGUUCUCACACCAUGACGCUGCCCACCCGAGGACAGCUGGAGGGACGCAUGAUUGUCACCGCCUUCGAACAUGGAUUGGACAAUGUGACCGAGGACGCUGUGACCAUGGUUAUCCAUGCACUAGAGACGCACGUGAAGAACUUGUUGAUGUCUGUGGUGUCUCGGAGACAAGCAUACCGCCUCAAGGACGGACACUUCAGAUACGCCUUCGGCUGCAAUAUCAAUCCCCAGCCGUACCUACGAAACAGCGUGGCGACCUACAACCAGCUCAUGGAUUGGGUUCUAACCCGAUCCCCUCCUCUCGAAUGUUUACGGACACAUUCGAUACCACAGAAAAUCAUGUCUGAGACAUCGCCACCGUGA